AUGGUACCAGUCCAAAAUCUUCAGGAUGCAGACAAGCAAAACUGCCCGCGCUGCGACAAAAGACCCAGCUAUACCACGAUGCCUCCCCGAAUACCGUUUCUCAGCACAGCGUCGUGCUGCCGAGUCGCCGUCAACACUCCCGCCACCUCAUUGACAGCCUGUCUUGCCAGGCUCACCCUCCAGCAGACCCAAACCCGCAAUGCUUCGAUCCUAGGCAGCCUGGCCAACAAUGCCGGCGCCAUCAAAAACAGAAAACGAGUUGGUCGCGGUCCCUCCUCAGGCCACGGCAAGACUUCCGGACGAGGCCACAAGGGUCAGCGACAGCACGGAAAAGUCAAGCCCUGGUUCCAGGGCGGUCAGACACCUUUGAUCGUCAAGCACGGCCGGAAGGGUUUCGACAACUUCCGAGCACCCAAGAUCUCCGAAGUGAACCUGGACCAGAUUCAGAACUGGAUCGACCAAGGCCGACUCGACCCCUCGAAGCAAAUCACGCCGAAGGAGCUGAUCGAAAGCAAGCUGAUUGGCAGCGUCAAAGACGGCGUCAAGAUUCUCUCUCGCGGCGACGAGGUUCUCAAACAACCCAUCAACGUCAUGGUGUCAAGAGUCUCAGCAGGCGCAAUUGCUGCCAUUGAAGCCACGGGAGGCAAGGUGCUCACCAGAUACUACACGAGACUGGCCAUCCAGCGACUGCUUACCGGCGAGUCCGUCAACACCGACCGGCCCCUACCAGUUGGCGCCGAGCAUGUGGAGUCAAUCUUGGCCGAGGCGAGAAAGGGUCCAUUCCGAUACAGAUUACCGGACCCUACAAGCCGUGCCGACAUCGAGUACUACCGAGACCCUGCGCACAGGGGAUACCUGAGCCACCAGGUUGCCCCAGGCCAGUCACCCAGUUUGUACUUUAGGGUGCCUGGUGUGCACAAGGUGAAGAGCGAAGUGAAGAAGGACAAGAAAAAGGCGGAGGAGACGUUGUGCUUCUCCAACGUCUAUACUACACUCGGCGUCUCACACCUUCCUCCCUUGACCCAUAUCGUCGUCCUCCAGCCAGCCAGCCGGGCGCUACAGCAGCGCCAUUACGCACGCCGAGCUAAACAAAGACGCAACGCAACACUAAGGCCCGGGCUAGCCAUCCUUGCUUCAUCAUUAAUACUGCGACAGCCAACCUCGCCUCUUUCCGACUGCGCAACCCCGCGACCGCAACAGACUCCCUCGCCUCUCCUGCUGUCUGGCUUCUCGUUCGUCUUGCUUUUGCCUUGUCAAUCAUCACAAGAGACACACAGCGAGCUUCGUCAUCCACCACCGGCCGGCCAUCGCAGCAUGUCGCUCUUUGGAGACGAGCCCACCGACAAUGGCCCAGCCAUGGGCUCGCCGCCGGCCAAUCGAGGCGGGCUUUUCGACGACGAGCCCGCGUCGGGCCGCAACUCGUCCAGCCUCUUCGACGACAACAGCGGCGCCUCGUCGCCCUGGGACAUGCCCACGCCGCGCAAGCAGCGCAGCCGCUCCGAGAUGAUCCGCACCCUGCUGCCGGCCGCGGACGUGCCCGAGAGCUACGUCGGGGCCUUUGACGCCGUCGUGGGCGAGGACGGCCGUGAUGGCCAGGUCACAGCUGCUGGCAUCGCCAAGCUGUUCGCCGUGGCGAGGCUGGACGCCGAUGCCCAGGCGCGCAUCAUGGCGCUGGUGGCUCCUGGCCAAGGGUCCGACGUCUUGCUGUCGCGCAACGAGUUCAACGUGGUGCUCGCGCUGAUUGGGCUGGCGCAAGAGGGCGACAUCAUCAGCCUCGACGGAGUUGAUGAACGACGACGAAACAUACCUCAGCCCAACUUACCAGGACUUACCGCCGAACCCGUCAUGCCUCCCAUUAGUGAACUUGCGGCGAAACCACCACAGGUCCCUUCCAAAAAUGAAUCAGAACCCGAGCCGUAUGAGCCUGAGCCGCAACCCCAGCCGCAACCCCAGCCACAGCUUCCCGCGGAGCCACAGCCUCCUACUACCACCUUAACCAGAUCAACCUUGGUUGACCCCGAAGACGAUCCAUGGAACGCGCCAGACCUGCACAAGGGCCACUCCCAUUCCCGCUCAAAUGGUUCGGAGAUUCACGCCCCUGCGGUCAAUGGAAACAGCCACGAUUUCAACCAGAAUGCGCCUCCGCCGUUCGAAUCACGUCUCGCAAACAACUACAGUGCUCCGCCCGAGAACGCCCGCCCAUCCAACCGCCCAAGGCAAGUCUCGAGUAGCUCUUUGACUGGCCAAGGGGGCUGGGGAGGUGGUUUCUACGGCAGCUCACCUGGUGGUGGUUUCAAUGAUGUGCCUCCUCAAAUUCAGAACCCGCCGAUGCCCACCAUGCAGAACUUAUUUGGAGCGGAUGGCGCUGGUUCAGUGCCUGGAGCUCCGCCUACCAUGGCACCGCCCCGAAGCUUGGGCGGCCGCGUGGGAAACAACGCAGAGGAAAAUGUCGUAGUCACGCUCAUGCCGGGAAAGGAGGGUAUCUUCAUGUUUCAGCACCACAACUACGAGGUUACGAGCCAUCGACGAGGCAGCAAAGUCGUUCGCCGGUACAGCGACUUUGUCUGGCUGUUGGAUUGCUUGCACAAGAGAUAUCCGUUUAGGAUGCUGCCGCUGCUACCUCCCAAGCGUGUGGCUGUCAAUGGCAAUCAUCUAUCCAACGACGGUGCUUUUAUUGAAAAACGACGUCGAGGGCUGGCUAGAUUCCUAAACGCCCUCGUACGGCAUCCAGUGCUGAGCCAAGAGCAGCUAGUUGUCAUGUUCUUGACUGUUCCUACAGAACUUGCCGUUUGGCGAAAGCAAGCAAACCUUUCUGUCCAAGACGAAUUCACUGACCGGACGCUGCCCCCCGGUCUGGAAGAUUCACUUCCGCCAACUUUGGAGGAUCUCUUCACCCGAACAAGCAACGGAGUUCGUCGUUCUUCCGAGCUAUACAUUACUUCCUGCAACAUCAUGGAUCGUCUCGUCAAAAGAACAGAGGGCGUCGCAGCAGACCAUGCGCGGGUUGCCAUGUCGCUCAUUUCGCUCACCGAAGCCUCUGCCGAUACCUACGCCACCGAUACGAGCGAAGUUCCGCUACUCAACGACGGUUUGACAGCAAUGAGCAGGCACUUGAGUAAUUGCCAGACUUUACUCGAGGACGAGAGCCGGGGAUGGGAAGAAGGUGUGCUUGAGGAUCUGAAGCGACAGCGAGAUGCUCUGGUUAGCCUCCGCGAGCUGUUCGACCGAAGAGAGCGAUUGGACAAGGAUAACAUCCCGUAUUUGGAAAGGAGAAUACAGGCCAAUGAGACCAAGCUGGCCAACCUGCGGUCCAAGCCAGAGGGUCUCGUCAAGCCGGGGGAGAUUGAAAAGGUGGCAGAGGCCAUCAUCAAGGAUAAGGAGUCUAUUGUGCAACAGCACAACCGUUCCAUCUUUGUCAAGGAGUGUCUCCGAGACGAGCUCAUCACUUUCCAGUCAACCCAGUACCACGUCAGCAAAUGGAACCAAGACUGGGCUGGCGAGCGCGUCAAGUAUGCGGAGAUGCUGGCGGAUAACUGGCGCCGCCUAUUGGAUGCUCUGGAGGGCAUGCCUCUGGGCGAUUAA